UUUUGUGUUAUUUACAUAAGAAUAUAUACAACUAAUAAAUUUUGAAAUUCAUUUGAGUUGUUUUUGCAGCUUUUUAAUUUUUUCUUGGGAUCAUUGUUUUUUACACAAAGAUUAUGUCUAUGGGAGAUUGCAGGUUAAGGUUAAGUUAUUUUUGUUUCCAAGGAAGCAUAACAAAAGAAAUGAUGGAGAAUGUAGUAACAGAUGAGAGUUAUGAUCUUGGUUAUGAAGCUUCACCAUCAUCAUUUGAUCCCAAUGAUCAAUCAACAAACUCUCCAAUGAGCACUGUUUCUUAUGACUAUUACCACAGGACUAAUUCAGAGAUGUCAACCUUCUCUGAGCCAACUGAUAGCUGCUCUGAUGGGGCGUCCCCUGUUAGGUGGGUUCCGCCGAGGGCGGCGACACCUCCUCCUGCUUCACCUUCUAGGCUUGGUUUGAGGAAGUAUAUGUAUAGCAUUGAUGGAGGACUUGAUGAUUUGGAGGCAGUUGAUAUAGAGCUUGAGAUGAUGAAAGAAAGAUUUUCGAAGCUUCUGCUGGGUGAAGACAUGUCAGGAGGUGGGAAAGGUGAAUGUACAGCAGUUACAAUCUCUAAUGCGAUAACUAAUCUCUAUGCUACAAUAUUUGGUAAUGCUUUGAAGUUGGAACCUUUGAAAGCGGAGAAGAAGAUGAUGUGGAAAAGAGAAAUGGAUUGUCUUCUCUCAGUGUGUGACUAUAUUGUGGAGUUUGUUCCUGAAAAUGGACAAGAUGAUGUUGAGGUAAUGUGUACCAGGCCAAGAAUAGAUAUUCAGAUCAACCUGCCUGCACUGAGAAAACUUGAUGGAAUGCUCAUGGACAUUUUGGACAGUUUUGAGGAGAAAGAGUUUUGGUAUGCUGAACAAGGUAAUGUAACCAUGAAUUCAUCGAGAACAACCUCGUUUAGGAAAGUUGUAGCACGGAAAGAUGAGAAAUGGUGGUUGCCGAUCCCCUGUAUCCCGCCGGGUGGCCUCUCUGACAGUGGAAGGAAGCACUUAAAACACCAGCGUGAUUGUGCCAAUCAGAUUCACAAAGCUGCAAUGGCCAUCAACAGUAAUACUCUCAAUGAGAUGGAAGUACCAGACUCUUACAUUACAGGGCUUCCAAAGAGUGGAAAAUCCUGCUUAGGAGAUGCAAUGUACAAAUACAUGUACAACGCAGAAGUGUUCUCCCCGGACCAACUCCUAGAUUCAUUGAAGAUCAACUCGGAACACGAAGCACUUGAGCUUGCAGAUAGAGUAGAAGCUUCCAUGUAUACAUGGAAGCGUAAGUCUGGCAUGACACAUUCGAGAUCAUGGCAUGGAAUGAAGGAACUCAAGGCAGAAGUAGAUAGGAAUGACAAGAAUCAUAUUCUGGCUGAAAGAGCUGAAACUUUGCUGUUUUGCUUAAAGCAUAGGUUCCCUGAACUAUCACAGACGACAUUAGACACGUGCAAAAUCCAAUACAACCGGGAUGUAGGCCAAGCAAUCUUAGAAAGCUACUCAAGAGUGCUCGAAGGUUUUGCAUAUAAUCUCGUUGCUUGGGUUGAUGAUGUACUCUCUGCAGACAGGUUAAUGAAAAACCAAGAAUAACAGAGAAUAUAGACUUAUCUAAGGAUCUCCGCCUAUUUUGCAUCUUCACCGCAUGAGAAAUUAUCAGCACAGAAUAUACAACAAAAGCAAGAAAUGAGCAGAAUUUGCAGAUGUACAUUUGUGAUGAACACCAAGAUUAGGAAAUUAGGCCUUUACAGUUUAAGCCAAUCUAUAAAUCAACGUUUAAUUGUGCAGCAAGAACUGCAAAACCAGAAAUCCAUAUUUUUCACUUCUCUGCAAUAA